AUGUCCUCUUCCACCGGCGAAAACCCUUCCCCUUCCACACCGGUUUCCAACACAGACCCAGGAAACUCAAGCCCCCACAGCUCAACCGAAUCAUUAUGGGGGGAGCCAAUGGAAGACUUCAUCAAGGAACUGACCUGCAUCCUGUGCGUGGAGUUGUUCAGGGAACCCAUGAUCCUGCCCUGCAGCCACAACUUCUGCAAAGUGUGCAUCGAGAACCUCUGCCUGAGAAAAGGCGUCAUCGUCUGCCCAGAAUGCCAAGGGAGGUUUCCAGACAAAAGCUACAUGGAGAACACUGUGCUGCAGAGGAUGGUGGAGAAGCUCCAGGCCUGCCACGUGAUGAGCACUCAGCAGAGGUGCACGGAGCACAAUGAACCGGUGACGCUCUACUGGAAGCCAGAAGGGACGUUGGCCUGCUUCAGCUGCAGAGAAGCCCAGAAGCCCGAAGACCAGAGCACCCAGUUCCUUCUCAUUCCGGAUGCUGUGCAGAUCUACACGGAAAAACUGAUCUCCAGGAGAAUUCAGCUGAGGUCUAUUCUACUGAAGCUGGAGAUAUUGAAGAAUGCCCAGGAAGAGAAGAUUUCUAAUCAUAAAGAGAACAAACUGCAACUUCAAUACCACAUCUCGAUGGAAUUCCUAAAGCUGCACCAGUUUCUUCACGGCAAGGAGAAAAUGUUAAUCAAACAGCUAAAGGAAGAAAGUGACAUUCUCCUCCAGGAAAUGGAGGCAAAUUUAAACCUGCUCCAAGACAAGUCGCAGAAUACUAAGGAUAUCCUGGGGCACAUCCAGUCCCGCCUAUAUCAGCAGAAUUCUGCAAGCUUCCUAAAAGAAAUACAAAUCUUCGUGGAUCGGGUGAAUAAAAAAACCGAGCAGUCCUCACAGAAUGAGCUGGUGUCCGGAUCUUUGAGCAUGGGGCAUUUCAAAGGGCCGGUGCAAUACCUGGUGUGGAAGGAAAUGAAGUCCAUACUCAGCCCAGAUAUUUCCUUCCUGACUUUGGACCCCGCCACAGCCCAUCCGAACUUGGUUCUCUCAGAAGAUCUGACCUGCGUGAGUCACGGCGAUUCCAAGCAAUUGCUGCCAGACAGCCCAGAGAGAUUUGACUGCAGUGUCUCUAUCCUGGGAUCCGAAGGGUUUACUUCUGGGAAGCACUACUGGGAAGUGGAAGUGGAGAACAAGACCAAGUGGACUCUCGGAGUUGUAAAGGAGGGCAUUAGCCGGAAAGGGAGCUACCCAAUGUCAUCUAAAGCUGGCCACUGGCUUAUAAAGCUAAGGAGGAAGAGUGAGUUCAAGGCCCUGGACGUUCCUCCUCGCUGCCUCACCAUGUCAAGCCCACUGUGCCGAGUUGGGGUGUACCUGGAUUACGAGGGGGGCCAGGUGUCCUUUUACGACGCAAGUAAACUGAUUCACAUCUACUCUUUCGUGGACACUUUUGCCGAGAAGCUUUACCCAUACUUCUGCCCGUGUCUGAAUGACUCCGGAGAGAAUGGGGACCCACUGAGAAUUGUGACUUAUAACAUGUAGAUGGGUCAGGAUCAAGCCUCUCGUGGUCUGACUCUGCUGCAUGGCUACAUGGAGGCCACUUACAGGAUCCAGGGUGACGCAAUCUCAUGCCGACGAAGAGGGUCAGUUAGCACCCGCAGACUGCUUCUGGAAUCGAACUCCAGCCUGAACGCAACAGCUUCAUCUCUCUCUUCCUAAAUGUGGAGAUGGAGAGGAGCCAUUAGUGCGAGAAGUACGCUUGAACCAACUCCUCUUCGAAAAGACAGCGACCAAAUAUUCCAUUGAGUUAAUUCCGCAAAAUAAUUUUAGCCCCUGUAAAAAAAGCUGUCUACAUGAUUUAUUUUUUUUAAAGUUAACUUUAUUUAUGUUCAGUAGGGGAAAGUACAAAAGAGGAUGUCUUAUCCAG